CGUACGUCAUUCCUUUAUGCCUCCUUUUGGAAGAGGAUUCGGCCAAUAGAGUAAUUCAAUUCGUGUCACGUGAUAACAAUAAUAAGAGGGUGACACAUUGAGGAUAAAAGUCUACACGUAACAGAGAGAACAUCUAAAUAAUUUCAAGUAAAACAGAUACCUCCAGGAGGAUCUUGUUGAAUCAUGUCGUCUAUGGAACAGAAUGGUAAUCAAAAUCUUCCAUCAGUCGUAUUGUGCAAAGCUGGCUGUGGUUUCUAUGGUAAUGAUGCAUUUGAUGGGAUGUGUUCAAAGUGUUAUAAAGAUGUCCUAAAUCGGAAACAAAAUUCAUCUCCAGUGAGUGGGCGUAUGAGUCCUCCGUCGAUGUCAGGUGAGGCAGAGACAACAGUAACCAGUGUGACUUCAUCACUGUCACAAACUUCUAUAGGAUCACAAGAAACAUUAAAAGAUACAGUUGUAAUGACUUCAUCAUCUACUCCAAGUGUUGAAACAGCCACACCAACUGUUUCCCUGCCAAGUACGAGUCCAACCAAGGAAGAAGAUAAAGAAGAGGAAGGGGCUACAGGUGGAGUUAACCCAGCAGAAACCUCUUCACCAUCAGACGAUAAGAAAACACCAAAGAAAAAUAGAUGUCAUACUUGUAAAAAGAAGGUUGGACUUACAGGGUUCCCCUGUAGAUGUGGAGGACUAUAUUGCAGUACCCACAGAUAUUCGGAUAAGCAUGAUUGUAACUUUAACUACAAAGAGAUGGCACAGGAACAUAUAAGGAAACAAAACCCUGUCGUUGUCGCUUCUAAAAUUCAGAAGAUUUAAAGACCUUGUGAUAAAAUUAUGUGUUUUCAUCAUGUCAGGAGUAAAUUACAGUCAGUUCAAACAGAGCUUGCAAAUUUUAUAUUUUCGUCGAUUAUGUGUGAUAAAAUGAUAUACGAUGUCUUGCUAAGUAUUUACUAUUGUAAUAGACGAUUUAUUCAGUGCUUUUAAUUAUAUUUGCGUAUUUUUGAUAAUGUUUAAAAUUUGAAACUGUAGACAUUAUUUGUAAGGUGUGUUUGAACUGGUUGUAGUUAAACAAUGCAAAAAGUGAAUAUAUAUUUAUCGACAACCAUUACAGAAUUAAGAAGUCUGGAUGUUUUUUUUUUUGUUAUUUAUUUACCCUUGUUAAUUAAAUAAACACAAAAUAUAUGUCUGUUAUUCUCUGAAUGUCCACACUGUUUGAUUAUCUUUGAAAAAAAUCAUGUUGACAUUUUUGCAAUUUUUUUGAAAUUUAUCUGAAAUUUAUCAGUUUUAGAAUAAUCAUAUUUGAUUUGUUUUCAUGACUUAACAUUUCCAGUUUGAUAACAUAGAAAUUGUUUUGCACAGUUAAAUUAAUUGUGAAAUCAAACUGCUAAAUUGACAGUUUGGUACGAAUAUUUUUUUUUCACUUGUUUUUACCGUUGUAAUCAUGUAAACAGGUCACAUUUCUCAAAUUCUCCAUUUAUACAAAUCUCGAUUUAUCCAGGAAGCAGUACAAUUUAUACAAACAAACUGUCAUUUUGAAAAUUACACGUGUGUAAUUUUUUUUAUGAUAAAUCCCUAACACAAACGUUUAUACAUGAAUGUUUUAAUUUGUAUUAUUUUAAUUUUCAGGCUAAGAUAAGCCGAGGUUUUAAGUUUGAGGAUUUUCUCGUUUUUUUUUCUCUCUCGAUAGUUGUAAUUUGUUUAUUUAAAUUUGUUUGUAACGAAUGUAUUGUGUUAAAUAAUCAAUAUACUAAAUAUUUUAUUACUGACCCUAUUGGUCAGUUCUGUGACAUGAGUUAGAAUAAUGGGUUUUUUAUUUUGCGAAAUUUGUUAAUUUUUUAUGUGUGCAGGCUUUACUGAAAAGUGUAUAAUGUGUAGGAUGGCUGUAUCUGUAAUGAAUAUCAACUAUUUGCUUAUUAUUAUUAUGAGUAUAAAGGAAAUUUUGGUUGUAUUGUUAUCUAGGAAUAAUUGAAUAUGAUAGGAAACGUUUGGAAAUGAAAACAUUUGCAGAUAUGAGAAAUAAAAGUGUAGCCCUAAUGGGCUAUUUUAUUUAUUUUGGCCUGUUGGGCUAGAUUAAAUUUCCUUGAACACAUUUUGCCAUUUGUGUGUAUGGUUUUUGGGCUAUUUAUAGAAGCAGAAUGAAGCAUUUUUAGUGGUUUUGUUUUAUUUUUUUCAAUUUGCAGAUUAAUAAACUUUUUCUGUUUGUCUUUGAAUGAAAAGUUUGUUAAAACGUUCGGAGGAUGUGUUAAUGAUUGAGCUUUCAUAUGUGAUGUUCUACAUGAUUGUAUGAGGCUUUCUUAGAUGUCAAUAUCCAAUUUAUAUAAAGCAAUUUGUGUUAAAAUGAUUUUAUCAUUUGACCUUUAGGGUCAAGGGAUGUUUAAAAGAGUCCUUUAAUGUUUCACGAGUUACCUUGUUUAAUAAUGCAUGAUCUAUAUUUGGAAAACCUAAACAUCAUUAUCAAAUUUUAUAUCAUUUGGAAUGAGUAUUUGUACAUCUUUAUCUGUAUUUUUGAUUGAAGAAUACCCCCAUUUUAUAAGCCUGUCGAAUAUGCUGCUUCUGAAUCUAGUGGAUUAAGGGUAAUUUCAUUGUAUAAACACCAAAAUGAAAAUAACGUUGCACCAUUUGUUGGUUACCCAAUUAACACAUUUUGAUGUUACACUUUUGAAAAUAUUACCCAGAAUGCAAUAGAUUCUGAAAAUAAAAAGCUAUUGGGAAGGGUUUAUUUAAUGUUACAUUGUAUACAAUUACAAACCAUAGUUAGCAGGGUUUCGAUGCAGUGUCCAAAAAUUUCCAUCAAAUUUGAAAGUCUAUUUAAUGAUAAUUUUUACAAAUUAACAGAUACUUUAGGUAUACUAUAGGCUUUUUGUCUAACUUCAAUUUUCCUUUCUUUAGAUAGUGGUAAAUUCAAUUGAAAUCAAAGAGCUUUGAUUAAAAAUUGUACAGUACCCUCAGGAUUAAUCAGUGAAAUAUCACCUUUGUCUGGAAUUUGAAACAAAAUUAAUUGAACAAAUAAUAUGACAACAGUUAUGUCCCCUUAAUAGCUUCAAUCUCACCAUGGUAUCAAAAGGAAAGAAAAAAAUAUCCUUGCCUUGAAUCACUGCAUUAAAAAUCAAGAAGGAAGAUGUACAAGAACUCAUAUUAUAUCCAUGCAUUGUACAAUUUCAUUUGCCAUUUUAAAAUUUCACAUCUAAAUGUAUGUAUGUCACCUGAUUUUUGGGAAGAUUUUGAUUGGAUGAUAGAAUAAUUUGAAAUUAAAGAGAAAAGAGUGGGAUAUAUGCACAAAUCAGUUGAAUGAUGAAUGUUUAUGCUGAGUUAUAUUUUAUGGACAGUUGAUUAAUUUUUGUUAUAAAAAUGGACUUUAGAGGAUUUAAAAGAAAAUUAUAAUGGGGGGAUUUCUAAUAAGCUAACAUUGUAUACAUUUUAAAUUACGAUAUAUAGAAUAAAUUUUUUUUAUAAACCUUUUAUCAAAUCACAGUAACCUUCUAAUAUAAAGUAUUUUACAACUAUCAGUCUUCAAAAAUGUCUUGACGUUUAAGGGACAUUAGAUUAAAACACAAUUCUCAUCCUCAAUGUCCAUGAGGCAUAACCAGUGAGUGAAAAUGCAGAAGUAAGAAUGUUAUGUUUCUCUCAAUAGAUUUAUAUUAUUAUAAUUAUAUAGGUGAUAUUAAAAAUGAUAGCACCACAA